UUUAAAAUGAGCCAGCAGAAGUGAAGCGCGCAAAGAGAGAAUAGAAGAAGAAGAAGAAGAAGAAGAAGAAGAGAGAAAAAAAAAACACUGAGAUUGCAAACAGUGGCACAUCUGCAGGCGUGAUCCGAUCUUUGCGCGCGCGGACAGCGUGCAUGAGCUCCGGCAGCCGCCGUCGCUUCCUCCGCGUCUCCGCCUGCUGCAUCCUGCUGUGCGCAUUUUCUCUGAGCAGCGCCUCGCCGCUUGUGUUCCAGGCAGCUCCGGGAGAACAGCGGGGGGAAGAUGACCCAGACGGAAACCAGGAACCAUCGCGCCGUCCAGCAGCAGCGGGGAGACGCCGCCGCCGAGACGUCGACCGUGGAGGAUGUUUUUGACGACACCUACAGAGAGAAGGAAGGCAAGAAACCACCCAGGAUAUUUGUGUGGAGGAACAUCAUACUGAUGUCCCUCCUCCACGUCGGAGCGCUGUACGGACUGCUCUUCCUCCCCUCCGCGUCGUGUUUGACUCUCGCAUGGACUGCAGUGUGCUACCUCUUCAGCGCUCUCGGUGUGACUGCCGGUGCACACCGGUUAUGGAGCCACAGAUCCUAUAAGGCUUCGUUCCCCCUGAGAGUCUUCCUUGCCCUCGCCAACUCGAUGGCAUUUCAGAAUGACAUAUUUGAGUGGGCCAGGGACCACCGUGUACACCACAAGUACUCCGAGACAGACGCAGACCCCCACAAUGCCAAGCGGGGCUUCUUCUUCGCCCACAUCGGUUGGCUGCUGGUCCGCAAACACCCCGACGUCAUCGAGAAGGGACGGAAGCUGGAGCUGUCCGACCUGAGGGCAGACGAAGUGGUCAUGUUCCAGAGACGGCAUUACAAGCUGUCCGUGGUGAUCCUCUGCUUCCUCGUACCGAUGUUGGUGCCCUGGUAUUUCUGGGGGGAAUCCUUGGCUGUGGGAUACUUCAUACCCGGACUGCUGAGAUACACUAUAGUGCUCAACGCCACCUGGCUGGUCAACAGCGCCGCACACAUUUGGGGCAACAGGCCUUAUGACGAGUCAAUAAACCCCAGGGAGAACGCUCUGGUUGCUUUCAGCGCCGCAGGCGAAGGUUUCCACAACUACCAUCACACCUUCCCCUUCGACUACGCCACCAGCGAGUUCGGCUGCAAGCUCAACCUCACCACUGCCUUCAUCGACCUCAUGUGCUUCCUGGGUCUGGCCAAAGACCCGAAGAGGGUUUCGAAGGAAAUGAUCAGCGCCCGGGUAAAGCGAACUGGCGACGGCAGUUACAAAAGUGGCUGAGCGACGCGGCGGCGGCGCGGCCGAUACAGCGUGUCGAGCGAAGGCAGAGGGGGCAGCGUUUCACUUGCUGGGGUGUCGAUUACAAGAUUUCUGAUAAUAAGUUAAAACCUCUUCUUGGAACUAAUAUUGGCUUUUUACAGAGUUAUAGGCCUUUUUGUAAACUGCCAUGGGGCUCCUAAAUUCUGAAGUGUCUUCAUCGACUAUUAGCGACAGGUAGCAAAUUAACUACAUGUGCAAGCACAGCUUUUUCAACGGGCAUGUGGAGGACGGAGGCCUUUCACAGGCGCAUCGAGACAAGAACAAAAAAGCAGGUCUGUGUGAGCGGCGUGCAAAAGCAGUAAUAUCAGAAUAUCAGAAUAAUUUACUGUAUCUUGUAUUUAUUAAUUUGCUAUUUAUUAAUAGGUUUUGGCAUGUUUUGAAGUUGAUUGAAGCCCUUAUACUGAGGUUUCUCUGCAGGCAAAACUGAAGUCGCUCAGUUGUGCUCUCAUUUUUUUUUAUUUUUUUUCUUCUCAAAAGGUGGCACUUUAUCUUGAUAGUAAUUCAUCUUAAGCUAAGGUUUUCCUCCCUUUUUUUGAAAAGCUGUUCGUCUUACUCUCCACGGACUGCCGCGUUCAGGCAUAUAUUUAGACAGCCCUCUAUUAAAUUGUCCCUCUUGGUCACACAGUUCAAAUUCGUUGUACUUGUAACACUUUGAACCCACCGUCUACCUGCUCAAGGGACUUUUAAUGAGACUGAAAUGAUCUCGUGGAAGUCAGAUUAUACCUCCGGUAGACGACGCGAAGCUACCUGCAGAUCUCUUCAUGAACCCUCUCCAUGUCGGUGCCUCUGGACUCUGAACAGAAAUCCAGACUUUUCGCUCUUUAUCCAAAAAGAGUUUGUAUUUAUUUUGUAAAGAUUUAAUUGCAAGUAAUACAAGAUCUCCACCUCCCUCAGAUAAGGCCUGCGAGCUACGAGACGGAGGUGCAUUUACUGCACCUCCAGUGCGGUGUGAUGUUACUGAAACACACGUCAGGAGUUUUGCCCAAAUGCCUUAUGACGGUUUCACAUCUGUUUCAGAAAAUUAAAAGUGCAAGUUAUAAAUGUAUGAAUCAAUUAGGGCUUGAUUUCUGUUGAAUUGGUUGUUGAUCAAGGGAACACUUGGAAAAACGGAAAUCCUUCAUUUAUAAGUCAAAAUAAGUUACUGUGAUCUUACUUUUGUGUAACCAAAACCAAUACUUUGCUCUAAAACAAGACCCAUGCUUGUUUGGACAUCUUUAAUGACAUGGUUGUAAUAUUUGUCACGAUCCCUCUUUUACAGAGCAAAAUUUUUCUACAGUGUUAAAAAAAAAAAGGCACAUUUUUUUCAAAGAAUGUUUUUGUAU